AUAGAGUCGCACAUAUGGUUAUAAUGCAGUUUAUACCUGAAAAAUCGCAAAGUAUAGAAUGUGAAACAUGAAAUAAAAGUAGUAAUAUGAGCGACAAAAUGAAAAAAGGUCUCGUUAAACCCUCACAUUGGGAGGUAGAACCUGUGUAGGGCGUAUAAGGAAGUUGACUUCAGACGGAGGUACGAAAGAACAACGAGAGCUUCGUUUCAGACGCUUUAGGUGCGCCUCAACAUGGCUGGGAAAAAAGUCUGCAUCAUCGGAUCUGGCAACUGGGGAUCAUCCAUAGCCAAAAUCAUAGGGCGUAAUGUGAAAGUGUCCAACCGAUUCAAUCCUCUGGUGAACAUGUGGGUGUACGAGGAAGAGAUAGAAGGCCGAAAACUGACGGAGAUCAUCAACACGGAGCAUGAAAAUGUGAAAUAUCUGCCCGGUCACAAGUUGCCGAAGAACGUGAUAGCGAUUCCGGACAUCACCGAAGCAGUGAAAGGCGCCAAAAUCCUCGUCUUUGUGAUCCCGCAUCAGUUCAUUGGCAACCUGUGCGACCAGAUGAAAGCUCACAUCACAGAAGGAGCCAUUGGAAUCUCUCUGAUCAAGGGCAUUGACGAAGGACCUGAUGGGCUGAAGCUCAUAUCACACAUCAUCCGUGAUAAGCUGAAUGUUGAUGUCAGCGUCCUGAUGGGGGCUAAUAUCGCCAGAGAGGUGGCGGAGGAGAAGUUCUGUGAAACCACUGUCGGAUCCAAAAAUGAGGCCAAUGGUCAAAUCUUCAAAGAACUGCUGCAGACUCCAAACUUCCGGAUCACUGUUGUGCAAGAGAGUGAUACAGUGGAGAUGUGUGGAGCUCUGAAGAAUAUUGUGGCUGUGGGCGCGGGGUUCUGUGACGGACUGGGAUUUGGGGACAACACCAAGGCGGCAGUGAUUCGACUGGGCCUGAUGGAGAUGGUUGCCUUCUCCAAGCUGUUCUGUAAGAGCCCAGUGAGCUCCAGUACCUUCUUGGAGAGCUGCGGUGUGGCCGAUCUCAUCACCACAUGCUAUGGAGGACGGAACCGCAAAGUUGCCGAAGCGUUUGUCAGGACUUCCAAGUCAAUUGCAGAACUGGAGGCAGAAAUGCUGAACGGCCAGAAACUGCAGGGUCCACAGACCUCAGCUGAAGUCUACAAGAUUCUUCAGAAAAGGGCCAUGGUUGACAAGUUUCCUUUGUUCACUGCUGUCUAUCUCAUCUGCUUUGAGGGGAAAGAGGUGAAAGAGUUCAUCACCUGCCUGCAGAACCACCCAGAACACAUGUGAAAACCUUUUGAAUGAGUAAACAAAACUUCAGAUGGAUGGCACUUUUUACCACACACAAAAGGUUUAUAUUGGCAAGAGACGAUAUUUGUCGAAGCAGGUCGUUUGCCAUUCAUAUGUCUGUUGUACUUCCUGGUCUGAUGAUGGCGAGGAACGCACCGUGACUGCCUGACAUUGAAGGCUUUAUUACAGGCUUUCACUUUCCAUCUCUUCAUAUAGUGCAGUACAUCCUGUCCUGUGGCAGAGACAAACGCACAAGGCGACUCAGAAAGAACACUUUUAUGCCACUUAAAUGUAUUUUUCUAUUGCUGAAUAUUUUCUAUACUUGGAAUGGUGUCCUUAUAUUCAAAAUAAUAUUUAACCACAUAAACAAACUUUAUGCAGGAUCCAAAUGUAAGUUACACAAGCAAUUUUGAUGUCUUGUUUUUUCAUAUUACAAAGAUAUAACUACACAGUUUUCGUGUUUGCGUGUGCCUUGUUUCUUCAAUAAAGUUGUAGUCACAGUU